AUGGGCGCAGAUCCCCAGUACGUCAAGUGGCCUCUGCUGCCGCUGUCCCAGCACGUCUUCACCCUCACAAACGGCUAUGCCUCCAAACAGUCCCAGCUGGCCGCCGUCAAGGCCCUGCAAGACGCCAUCGCCCAGGACAAGAUGGCGCCCUUCUACCGCUACCUGGCCCACCCCAUCGAGGGCAUCCUCAACGCCGUGGGCGAGAGCAGCUCCUCGGCACCGGGCAGGCCCCCCAGCCGGAAAUCCAGCAUGGUGGCGACCAAGGCUGCGACGGGGGCCGUCAACCUGCCGUGGGACGAGGACCUAUACAACAAGCUGAAGGAGGACAACGACAAGGAGCUGGCCGACUUCCAGAAGGAGCAGGACGAGGCCGAGGAGCAGGCCGGUGACACAGAGGUCAUGGCGGCCAAGGGCAAGCGAGCCGACUUUUGGGCUCGAGUGGGCGACAAGGACAAAGCAAUUGCCGAGUUCGAGAGCUUGUUCGAAAAGACGGGCAUCCUGGGCACCAAGAUCGACCUGGUGCUGGCCAUAAUACGCAUGGGGCUCUUCUACGGCGACAAGCCCCUCGUCGGGAAGCAGGUCGAGCGGGCCAAGACGCUCGUCGAGACGGGCGGCGACUGGGACCGCCGCAACCGCCUCAAGGCCUACGAGGGCCUGCACCUCAUCACCGUCCGCGCCUACAACACCGCCGCGCCGCUCCUGCUCGACUCCCUCUCCACAUUCACCAGCUACGAACUCUGCACCUACUCCAACCUCGUCGUCUACUCGGUCCUCGCCGGCUCCGUCUCCCUCAAGCGCGUCGACUUCAAGUCCAAGGUCGUCGACGCCCCCGAGAUCAAGGCCAUCAUGGGCGACGGCGAGGACAAGCUGCUGGCCCUCAGCGGCGCCCUCAGCGCGGGCCCCGGCGCCGACGACUCCGCGGGCGAUAAGCUCCCCAAGGCGGCGGCCACCACGGCGGUCAACCUGACCACCCUGGGCACCAGCACCGACCAGCCCGAGGCCGAGAUGGCCAUUGACUUUAGCCCCCUCGCCCUGCUCGUCAGCAGCCUGUACAACGGCAACUACAAGACCUUUUUCCAGUCCCUCGCCUCCGUCGAGGAGCAGUUCCUCAACCACGACCGCUACCUGCACGAGCACAAGAGCUGGUUCAUCCGCGAGAUGCGCCUCCGCGCCUAUCAGCAGCUGCUGCAGAGCUACCGCGUCGUCGGAUUAGAAAGCAUGGCCAACGACUUUGGCGUCACGGUCGACUUUUUGGACCGCGAUCUGGCUCGAUUCAUCGCUGCCGGCCGCAUCCCUUGCACCAUUGACCGCGUCACCGGCAAGGGCGUCAUCGAGACCAACCGUCCCGACGACAAGAACAAGCAGUACCAGGACGUCGUCCGCCAGGGCGAUCAGUUGAUUACGAAGCUGCAAAAGUACGGCCAGGCUGUCAGACUAAGGGGUAGCGAGAGAGCAUGA